ACCGAUAUGUUGAACUACGAUAUUGAUAUAUUGAAUAUCGUAUCGGUAUCACGCAUCUCUAAUUUGCCGUAGAACUCAGGAUUUCGGGGAAAUAUAAAAAAAUGAUUUUUCUAGCACCUUUCAGCAAGUUGGCGUUGCAGUCAUCGCUUCGAAAGGUAAGUACUACAAGCGUUAGCCUAGUAUAUUUGACUCCAAUGCUAUGUGCUGAACCGCUGAAGAAAAAGAAAAAAUUAGAUCCACAAAUUAUAAAGCAGCGAGAAGACCGCCGUAAAAAGAAAUUAGAAAAACAAAUUCGUCGUUUGGAAAAAAAUGCAAGACAACUGAAACCAAUCGAAGAAUUGGAAGCUCCUCUUACGCUUUUAGAUGAAAAAGAAGAACGCACACGUAAAUUUAGUACAUUGCGAGAUGAAGAGAUCGAAACACGUGCACUGCUAAACAAAAAAUGGGCAAAGUACAAGCACCACGAAAAACUUUUGGAUUUCCAAAAUAUAGACAGGCUGAUUCAAUCGCAAAAUAGGGCUUUGGAGGAGCUACGGAAGGAAUCCGAAGAACUUUACCAAGAAGCUAUUCUAAAAGAUAUUACGCUUCUGCCUGUAAACGUUAAGGGACCGGUAGAAACACCGCCUAUUAAAAACUAUGUUAGUCCUGAUGGAGAUUACAUUAAUGAAGCGAAUAAGUGGGACUAGAUCAAUCAUCAAUUAGUUAUUUUAGAAAUAAAAGUGUUUCCUAAUACCUAGUUGAUGGAAAUACUAGUACAUACAUUUUCUUUUAUAUAAUAUCGACACAAUUUUUAAACAUGCCAUUUAUUAAGAAAAUAGUACAAUAAAAUAGUAAAAGGUAAA